AUGGGGCCUACAACCAUACUGCUGCGUCCCCCGGUAACUGUGCUGAAAUCUACUUACUGGCACAUUCUCCCGUGGUUCUUUAGCCAAAGCUUGCCACAAAGCGAUGGACCCACUCCGGGAAGCCCCCUGGCAGUACGGAUCCAAACGCAUACCGAUCCGAUUCAACACUUACGGAGCCGGAAGCACCCCGCGUUCGAUGGCAAAGGUUUAACCCUCGAACGACGCCACCAGGAACCGGAUAUGAUCAUAGUCGAUCAUAAGAUCGAGCUCACGAUAACCGAUUUCCAAAUGCACUGCCCCGGAUUCUACGGAACAGUGAAACAACUUAACCUAAACUUACUGUUGUCGGAGCGCCACUUUAGUGCAAACAUUGCUGAUCCGGAAAAGCUUUGGCGUAUCAUGUACGAGUGCUUUUGUUGUGAAUCUUUCAACGAUCGGCAAGUGAAUGAUGAUAAUUUGAAGAGAACGUUGUUCAAACAAUUCUUUUCAACUCGUGCCUAUGAGUGUCGCCACAAACUGAAAGAGUUGGAAGAACAGCUGGUUUCUACGUGCACCCGGAAGGUUUUGGAAGGAAUCAUCGAAUCUAUGGUUCAUGAUGUUCGUCGCAUGCAGGUUAAGCGCUAUGAGGAGAAUAUAAAAUGUUACAGGCAACAGCUUCGAAUGGUAGACACUGCAAAACGGGAUCAAAUUGCCAUCAAAACGACAAUCGAGUCGGAAAUCGAUUUUGAAUCGAGUGAAGAAUGUGCACAGCUGACCAUUAGCGAUUCGAAAAAUGAUCUCGAAAGCAUGUUGCAUAUUUCUGAAAUCGAGUUGAACGAAUCAAACCAUAUGCUAGAGCAAUGCCAACAGUAUGAAGCAUUUCUAAAAAAUCUCCUGACUGCGAUUCAUACUAUCGAAGGAUUAGUUAACAAGCUUACCUCAGCUCCUAAUUGUGCAUUCGACCUGGAGAAGGCACGGUGUGCUAUCGAAAACAACAGAUCGUUGCAAGUGCUGACUACCGUACCCGAUAUGGAAAGUAGAACACGCUACAUAAGUGAUCUUAAACAACAGCAUCAAGCUUUAUCGUCCCGUGUUCCUACGGCGCAUCGUGAAAUCGAAGUUAGAAAGGAAGAAAUGGCUUUGAAAAUUUCUCAAAUGCAACAGAUGAGAGAUCAUAUUAGUACAUAUGAAGGCAGUACUUCCACAACUAACCGCGGAUUGAACUUGGAACGAAUACUGUGCCAACUAGAGAAAAGCAUAAACCGCAUUUCUAAUCAAACAAUAGAAAUAGUCAAGUUCGAGAAACAAAUUCUGGAUAAAGAGAAACUCGCCUGGUCGGAGUACAUGCACAUAUCAUCGAUACCUUACGAUGAGCUUGUUUCUAUUGCAGCAGCUAAGUGUGCUUUAGAAAAACUGCGACCCGAAGUACAGGAUGAUUUCGAAGGAUUUAUAUUUGAGCGUGCAUUGGAGGUAAAUGGUCCGAUGGCAUGGAUAGAAGGCUUCUCAUGUAUAGCCAUCUUUAAAUCUAUUGAUGCGGCGAAAAGUGUGCAACAAGUUAUGCUGCGAGAGCACAAUGUCGAUUUCUUCCGUUAUAAUGUCCUGGAACGAGUAACACGUUCGGUAAUAUUGCACAAGCUUGGCGAAGGUGUGCCGAGCCAAAGAACAGGAUUAAUACAAGGGAACGCAAACAUGAGCUACGAAGAGCUCGCUUCAAAAGUGAACGUAGUUGUGAACCAUCUUCAGCGCCAUUUUCAAUUGAAGUGCAAUUUAAAAUUAGUGCGUGAAUCGAACAAACGACACGAAUUGGAUUUGAAGAACCUGCUUGAUGACCUGCAUCGUUUGCUGAUCGAAAAAGAAGUCAACGUUCUUAGUGUAUUGCUAAAUGGUCAAUACCAAGACCUACCGAAGCUGAUAAAAAACAUGUACGAUGCUACGAACAAACACCAACAACUAAAAGCUCGGGAGGAAUCUCUAAAAAACUUUAUUGAGGAGUUGGAAACUGACAAUACCCCAUGGGAACAUCUAACGCAAGAGCUGCAAUUGUCAGAUAAACUUGAAAACGCAAUCAAACAACAACAAGUAACACGGAAAAGAUACUUCGACGAUUUAAAGAAACUAACCGACAGGUGCGAUGCCUUUCAAAUGGAUCUUGAUCGUAAUGCUGAGCUUCGCUGGAUGAAUACUUCAUCAUCCGGCAUAUACGAGAAGCUCGUCGCACAUUGGACCACAUGCGCUGAUACCCUUCAACGCAGCAUUCGAAAGAUUCAGACGAGCGAAUCGGUUUCGAUGAAGUCCAUCGAAAUGGAACAAAGAUUAGAUGCUAGCGAGAAGGUUAUCCGAUCGCUGAGCAUUAAAGAAAACAAUCUCAGUGAAAAGUUAAAAGCAUCCCAGCAAGCACUUGCAGAGUUCCUUGAGGAAUAUCCACCGAGACCAAUGCAGACACGCUUCACUGGUUCAACACAGGCGUCUCACGUCAGCAGCGUUCUUUUGGCCAAAAUAUCACAAACUCAAAAAAAAUUGCAACCCAUACCACCGGCGCACAAACCGGAGGAAAUUGUGCGCUUGAAGAACAAAAUCAAGAUUCUAAAGGCGCUGGAUAAGCUGCAGUCGUCGUUCAGGGAACUUUACUUGAACAACAUUUUACUUCUGUCCAUCGAUAAAGUGAACAUGAGGAAACUGCAGCAACUGUGUAAGCUGGUGGCGACCGCUUCCGAUGAUUUGACCGAGCUUGGAGGAACCGUGAAGGUAUUCUUCAACUAUAUUUACAAUGAAAAUGAGACCAGCGAAUAUGACAGAAGGAUGUCACUACGUCAGACAACAUCAUUUGAAUUCAGCAAAAUUACCGCAGUCAACUUUACCAUCCUGGACAGUAAUGGGAUUGAGCUAGACACAGUCGACGAGGACCAGCGGCAGCUAGCUUUCCUCCUGAUAUUUAUAAGCUUCUUGUACGUUGACGGCUGCAAACUUUUCGUAAUAGAUAGCUCAUUUCAGGACAUCUUUACCAAUGGACUACAAAGCAUGAUACACUUGUUCAAAACCCACUUCCCGAAUAUGCAGUUCGUCAUACUAGCAAACAACGCGUAGUGAGUACAACGUUUGUGAAUUUCUAUUUCUUACUCUGUUUUAUUCGCGUUCCCCUCUGUUUAUCAUUUAUUUCUUAUAACUAAAUAUGUUAAUCGCAGAAUUUUAAUCCUAGA